UGCGCCCAGAUCCCUUGCUGUUGCACCUCUACGUCAGCCUUGCACUCCCACGAACCAGCCUUGCUCUACACCAACCCUGCUCUCUGCGCCCAGAUCCCAUGCCUUUUGCGCCCAGAUCACCCGCAAUCAUACCCCCUGGACACCGGCAAUCAUGCCCUUGCAUGCCUCCUACACCCCCCUCUCUUCUACACCGUGCCCCUGCCCUUGCCACCUACGCCCCUGUUGCUGCUACUGCACUCUGCGCCCCAAUCCCACGCCUUUGCCUUAUGCACGCUACAGCCAUGCCCCUGCCUCACCUACAGUACUUUCAUUGUUAGGUUUGCAAGUAAAAAGAAACUUCGCGA